AUUGGAGGUCUGCAACAUAUAUAUACCUGUCAGAAAACACCUGCAGUAGUGUAACAGUGUUCACCUAUUAGGAAAGAAAUGGCCUCAAGUGAAGGCAACACUCAGACAUACAAGAUGACCUCCUUGGACAGCGACAUGAACCAACACUUCCAGGAUGCAAUUGAUGUGAUUAAACAGCAUUCAAAUAAUUCAUAUUACGAUUCAGAGUAUACAUAUUAUGAGACUGUGGGUUCCCAGCAGCCAUCACACACCGCACACCUGCAGUGUCAGAUCUCCUGCCUCGUCACCCACCAGUCUGAUGUACCAGCUCCAGCAUAUGACUGGACUGACAUGACUCAGCAGACUUGGCCUCAGGUCAUCCCUGAUGUCUCCCUGGGUCAAAAUGAAUCGCCUCAUUUCUACUCAAUCUUACCACCACAGAGGAACAGCAAAGGUCGUAAGAAGCUCAGACUUUAUGAAUACCUCCAUGAGGCUCUGAAUGACCCCAACAUGGGUGACUCAAUCCAGUGGACAGACAGCGGCAACGGCACCUUCCACUUCAUCUCCAAGAACAAAGAGAAGCUGGCUGAGUGCUGGGGCCAACGCAAGGGCAACCGUAAGACCAUGACCUAUCAGAAGAUGGCAAGAGCUCUGAGAAACUACAGCCGCACCGGUGAGAUCAUCAAAGUACGCCGCAAACUUACUUACCAGUUCAACCCAGACAUCCUGCACAGGCUCGGCUCUGCACAGGUGCCCAUGCACCUGCCCUGCCACCCCGCACAAGAGGAGGUCCGCACCCAGCAGCCAAACCCAGGUGACCAGAGCUACUGCAGCUCUGCAGCGGCAGAUUGGCACAGCUGGUACGGACACUUCCAGCUGCAGGAAGACUAUGACCUGGCCUCAAGCUUCACUUCACACAGCAUAACCAAACUCUGAGCUGGAGGACGGUUUGAUUGCAAAAGAAGAAAAUCUCUUAAACGUUUGAAAACUUUUUUCGAAGACUUAAAUGUAAACUCUCUGACUACUCAUUCAGUUCCAGCAUGCUAUCACAUGUUAUAGGACUAUUAAUGUCACAAACAGUAACACUAUUCAAUCAGAAGUGUUUGAAUACUUUAUAUUUUAGAAUUCUGUGAUCUUUACAGGGGAGUAUUAUGGUAAAUUUUAAACAUUCAAAAUAUGAGUGAGAGAAAAAAUUGUAAGUGAAUCAAGAAAUGUGCUCUUUUACAAAAUCCCUACAUUUAAAUAACAACUGCCUGAAUCAAAUUCAAAAUUUACAGUAUUGACAAAGAUUAUUAGUUUAAUUAGACAUAUAUAGUAACAACAUACUAAUAUAUGUCUUGCAGCUAAUGUCAGCACUUGUUUUAGAAUAUAGUGUAGACUUAACAGGCUGACAUCUCCAGUCAGCACACCUGCACUUAAUAAAGCACUAAUUUAACUAGCCAGUUAAGUUAACAGGCACUUAAAAGGAGGUUUUCAGAGACUGGAGCCUUUUUCAGCCACUGAAUGUUAUUGUCAUACGUCACAAUUUGACUAUUUUGGUUUGUGGAUAUAUAUAGUCAAAUGUGUUUGAAUACACAUUUUAUUUUUUAUUUUUAGCUUUGUGUGUGUGUGUUUUGUGUAGUAUCACUGUAAAUUACUUGUUAAUAAUUUUAAGCUAUAAAAUAUGAAUGAAAAAAUUCUCUAAUUUGAUCAAGGAAACUAGUUUUUUAGAAAAUGCUAAAGAUUUUAAUAAUAAUGCCCUGGAUAAGGUUUAAUCACUUAGAUGUUUUUAAUUAAGAAAAUACGGUUGUAUUUGACAUGCUGCACUUACUUUAAGAUAAGAUAUUUAAGUAUUUUGGCUUACACUAUGAAAUGGCACCCAUCCAAACAAAAAAAAAGCCAGCAAUCAGUUAAACAAAUCCACUUUCUACUACAAUUCUUGUACAGGUAGACCUAACUCUUUCUAUAUUUUAUUAUAUUUACCCCCAAAUAUAGGAUGUACAAACACAUUUCACUUGCAAUGUAGACACACUGUUUUGAAUCAAUGGUGAAAAAUAAUAAAUAUAGUAAAAAAGAUUAUAUUUUACAAUGAUAAUAAUAAUUUAAUAAUAAGUUGACUCAUGUUGUUACAACAAGCAACCAGUAAUAAGCAUUAUGUGUAAUGAAAUGUAAAUCUUUAUGAUUUUCUUGAUAAAAGUAUUAAAGAAAAAUGACUGGUGAUAUUUCUUAUAUUUAUUGUGUAUAAAUAAAUGUUGGUUAAUAAUAUCAGUAUUCAUUUAAUUCAACUUUUACAUAUAUUUUCAAAAUUUGUUGUAAUCUUUUAAACACAACCAAUAAAUCAAUCUGUGUACUCUCA